ACUGCGCCGUAGCGCUCGUGUAGAACAGUCGCGCAGUCUGCGGGCAGCAGAAAACCCUGCGCCGCGGGCCGGACGUAGCGUGACGUGCCUCCCCUCGCGGGGUCGGCCCCGAUCGCGGGCUGUCCGCGCCGCCGCAGCAUUCUGACAGCUCGAGUCGAGAUGGAAGGACGUUCGGUCAUCGCGCUGCUGGCGCUCGCCACGCUGCUGGCCGAGCCCGCUCUAGGGUACUGCUCCUCGGCGGGCGGCGGCCAGUGUCCCAUAGAUCGUCUCGGUCCGCGGGUCCGCUGUGCCGGUAUCGACGAGAAGUGCUCGUCGAACGCCGACUGUCCGGCCGGCCAGGGCUGCUGCCGUCGGGUGUGCGCGCGCGCCUGUUUCCCCGUGUGCCAGCCGGCCUGUGCCGAUGGCGAGGAGUGUGAACUGCAGAAGGACGGGCUCAGCUCCGUCUGCACCACGCUGCAGUGUCCGUUUGAUGACCUGGGGCCGAUCGUGCGCUGCCGCGGACCCCGGGUGGACUCCUGCUCCGGCAACUCCGUGUGCUCGGAGGGCCGGGCGUGCUGCUUCUACGGCUGCAACAAGAGCUGCCUGCCGGCCUGUAAGACGCCCUGUCCCGCCGGACAGAGGUGCACCUAUAACCGUGAUCAACAGGUGUCCUCAUGCCAACCCUUCUGAACCGCUUGUUGAAAACAAGAAGAGAAGGCGGGCGAGAAGAUCGCCGUUUUUCGCUCCCAAUUGAUCAGUUCGUGUUAUGAUGACUGGAUCUGGGUGAAUAAGAAA